CAAUGCCGAAUGAAAUAAUAUCACAAAAUAAUUCGGUAUCUCUGUCUGCAUUUCAGAAUUGCGGCUGCAUUUUAUAGAGUCAAUGAAAAUCACGACUAGAUUUCAUGAUACCACGAUACAUUUAAAACACGAAAUACGCGAAUUUGGUGCCUUUCGUAACAGCCCUGAGCAGCUUCAUAAAGAGCGAUAUGUGCGCACAGAAAGUCAGUCGCAAAACACCAUUCAGAGCACGCAUAUAGUUUGCUUUCGUGAUACCUAUACGAUAGUAUUAUGGCCUUCGAGUACAUCGCAAUAAACGAUCCCGUCUACAGGUCGACCUGUGUGGAACGCAACCAAAAAGACUAUGUUCUGGUCAAACCGAAGGUCUACAACAAAGUUCCAAUUACGCUUCCAAAUUGGGAACCGGAACCAUGCUGUUUGAAUACAAGGUAUAAGAAACAAGAUCAACGUGUCAAAGAUAUGGUGGUCAAACCGGAUGAUGUCUGGAUGCUUUCUUACCCUAAGAGUGGAACCACCUGGUGUCAGGAAAUGAUUUGGCUCAUUUGUAAUGACCUCGACUACGAGAAAGCUGCUUCAGUGAAGCUCAACACCCGUUUUCCGUUCUUAGAUCUCGGGGGCAUUAGAGAUUUACCUCCUGGGUUGGAUCCCGUUAAGGAAGUUGAAUCAAUAGCAUCACCAAGAUUCAUCAAGUCGCACCUACCGGUAGCUCUCCUACCCGAUCAAAUUUGGGAAGUAAAACCAAAGAUGGUCUACGUUCGAAGGAAUCCAAAGUCGGUAGCGGUGUCCUAUUAUCAUCAUUCAGUGUCACUUCAUGAUUACAAAGGUACCAUGGAUCAAUUCGUGCGUUCCUUUAUGAAGGAACUUGAAUUCUUUUCACCAUAUCACCGCCAUGUGAUCGAAUAUCACAACUUGGACUGUCAGCACAAUAUACUCCACCUCUGCUACGAAGAUAUGAAAAAAGAUCUCAAAAGUACCCUCCAGCGAGUGAGUUCCUUCUUCAAUAAGUCAUACACCGACGAACAACUAAACGACUUGGCUCAGCAUCUGUCCUUCGACAUGAUGAAAGAGAACAACUCCGUUAACCGUAAAGAGUGGGUCAAGUUUCAGUUAGAACAAACCAAUCGAACCGAUAAGCUGGGUGAUCCGGAUUAUCUUUUCAUAAGACGUGGUGAAACCGAUGGAUGGCGUCGUGAGCUGGAUCCUGAGCUGUCGCGCGAACUGGAAGAAUGGACUGAUCGCAAAGUUGAUAAUCCGAAUCAUAUGAAACUGUUUGUGUACUGAAUGAGAAGGACACUCAAACCAUGGAAAGUUGAAGGCAACUAACUAAGCCAGGCAUUCUAAUAAAACAUAGUUUUAGAUAGCUGCAAUGUGAAUUCUCAAGUAUGCUUAGAGUAUUGCAUGGUAGAGUAUUAACCGUUAUUUAUUAUAU